AUUAGUUUGCAUCUCAAAACUCUUUGAGAAUUUGAGUAACUGCCGAACAUUUCUCACUGUGCGCCGCUGAAACAUCACAAUACCAAUACUUGCCAAAGCUUGAACAAGCCGCUUUAAAGCGCUACUUAAGCCCAGCGCUCGCUCAAAGCGAGUCAUUUUCCGGAAGCGCCACGAACAGGCAGCAGGCGCGCCUAAAAAUACGCUUCUAUUGGUCCGCGCUCGCUUAACAAUUGACUAAGGACUAACGCGGAGUGCUCGAAGUGAGAUAUGCGUAAUGCGAAGUGAUAGACUCGGGACGCAAAGUCUUUCGGUUAGUUUUAGUCAUUUGUUUCGGGAGUGGAGUGGAUAACCGAAAGGAUGAAGAUUGUAUCUGGGUCCAACAUGAAGAUACAUCAGGGGAGAGCGUUGUUCCAGUAUUUGGCGUCAUUUAGUGUGUUGCUGGAUUUCGCUGAUAACAGCUUGGAGUCAGAUACUUCAGGAAGAUGAUCUACCUCCGCAGAAACACUUUUUUCCCUCUUGCUUAUGUCUAACUACACUGACAUAUAAAAUACUGUUCAAGAAAAACAAUACUUACUAGCUGCUCUCGCCAUAAUAACGAGUGGCAUGCACUAUGGCUGGCCAUCUCCUUCCAUACCAAAGCUAACCAUGGAAGACCUGAUUACGGAUGAUGAAGGAUCAUGGAUGGCUGUGAUGCCGCUGUUGGGUGCAAUCAUGGGCUCGAUGAUGGUGGGAGCCACAGUUGACAUCCUCGGGAGGAAGCGAACUAUUCUCAUAUCGUCUCUGCCUUACUUCGCCACUUGGAUCAUGGUAGCCUGUUCCAGAUCCGUAGCAGUACUCUACGCGGCCAGGUUCCUAGCUGGGAUUGCUGACGGAUGGGUGUUCACAGCGGUACCAAUGUACAUCGGUGAAAUUGCAGAAGCAAGGAUAAGAGGUCUACUUGGUACCUUAGUACCCACUGCCUUCAUCGCUGGGAUUCUGGCUAUCAACGUGAUUGGCUCGUACCUCAGCAUCACCAUGGCAGCGUUUGUCUCUAGCAUCAUACCGAUCCUGACACUGCUAACAUUCUGCUGGAUGCCCGAAUCUCCGUAUUACCUGUUGAUGAGGAGCAACCCAAUCCAAGCUAAAAAAAGCCUUCAGACCUUCAGAGGUACCCAAGACGUGGAAGUGGAGGUAGCAAGGCUCACAGCGGCUGUGAAAUCACAAAUGUCAAACUCAGGAAGGUUCAUAGACUUAUUUGUUGUGAAGACCAAUAGGAAACCAUUGCUGAUAAUGGUGCUGCUAAGAGCAGCCCAACAAUUAAGCGGUUCGGCAGCUAUCACUUUUUACACGCAAAGCAUUUUUAUGGAAUCCGGGGCUGACAUAUCCAAAGAAGCGGCUUCGAUAACGUUUUUUGCGGUGCAAAUGGUCAUGUCACUGAUCUGUUCUGCCUUAGUAGACAAAUGCGGGAGAAGACCCCUAUUAAUUAUAUCCCUAUCGGGAUCCGCCAUAUCACUAUUCGCUGAGGCAACCUACUUCUACAUAGACCAGAACACAGUUAUAGACACUUCCUCGUUCACCUUUGUACCUGUAGCUGCGCUAAUACUCUUCGUAAUCAUGUUCACAAUAGGUAUGCAAGCUAUCCCACUGGUGAUGUUAGGCGAACUGUUCGCGACAAACAUCAAAGCUUUCGGGUUGUGCUUCGCAGAUAUUUAUUUCGCUGUCUUAGCUACUCUUGUGUCAAAGUUCUUCCAAAUAAUGAGAGACAGUGUCGGCAUUUAUGUACCGUUUUAUACUUUUGCGGUUAGUUGUGUUAUAGGCUUAGUUUUAAUUUGUAUAUUUGUACCUGAAACUAAGGGUAAGACGUUGGAGGAAAUUCAAAUAUACUUCUCCGGUGAAGAGAAAAGUGAUGUAAUGGAUAACAAAUGUAGUGAUGAGCAAAUAUAAUAGUGUGAUGUUAGUAAUAAGCUUUUUGUACGAAUAUUAGGUUUAAGAUUGUUUAGAUGUUGUAUAGAUACUUGUAAAUACGGUCUUUUUGUAAUUCGAAAUAAAGUGAUAUUUUGAAUAAAUUGUUUAUAAUAUAUGUUG